AUGAGGUCGCGCAAGAAGGCGUUGAGCCCUUCUAACAUCCCCGUGCUCUCCCUCAAGAAUUGUCAGGGUUCCCUGCCUCCAGCUUCAUGCUCGCAGCGGCUCCACCGUCUGAGUACUGCGCUUGCGGCUCCAAUUGUCGAUAUCGGUAAGUCCACCUCCCCUCUAGCCCAUCGACUGGCUGCAGCUCUUGUGAAGCAAAUACUAUGGCUCGGGGUUCCGGAAGAUGCCCCUCUGACCCACCGUGCGGACGCCUGGCGUCUAGUGCUGGGCUACUUGCCGGUGGUAACAGCGAGCCGCGAACAACAGCUGGAGCGUAAGCGCCGACACUACCAAGACAUGUACAAGCAACACUGUGACGCUGACGUCAUGUGCGAAUCUGACCAGAAAACGCUGAAGCAGAUUCGGGUUGAUCUGCCGCGCACCAACCAGUCAAUUCGCCUCUUCAAGGACAAACGCGUCCAGAAGCUGAUGGAAAGGGUGCUUUACAUUUGGAGUGUGCGCAACCCCGCCAGCGGUUACGUACAGGGCAUCAACGACCUGCUAGUCUUAUUCGUGGCUGCUCUCAGCCGGCCUUAUAUGGGAUGCUUUUCGUUGGAUACGGAGGCUGUGGACAGGCUGACUGAGAGGGACCUUGAGGAGAUCGAGGCCGACAGCUUCUACUGUCUGUCUCGCAUUUUAUCGCACAUGCAGGACAACUACACCGAGAACCAGCCUGGUGUAUAUAAGUCCCUGAACCGACUAAAGGAUUUGAUGAAGCGCAUCGAUGUGAAACUAUGUGACCAUUUGGAGGCACUGGGCAUAGACUUCAUGCAGUUCCCAUUCCGUUGGAUGAAUUGCAUGAUGAUCCGCGAGCUGCCGCUGGAUUGCGCCAUACGCCUGUGGGAUACGUACAUAGCGGAGAUAAACGAAGGCAUCGUUGCAUUUCACGAGUACGUGUCUGCAGUGUUUCUGAGCGUCUGGUCCGACGAGCUGCUUCAUAUGGACUAUCAGCAAUGCCUGCUGUUCCUGCAGCGUCUUCCAACCUUAGAUUGGGGCAUAGAGGAAGUUGACGCAGUCAUUUCUAAGGCGGACGCCCUGCGCAAGCUACCGCAAACUGGCAUAUGCCUAUGCGUCAUCUUAUUGUACAUGCUACUUCUUUUAUGUGCUGCUUGGUGUUGGGUGCGGCCUCGGUUCAUGCCCUUCCCUUUUGUAGAAGCGGAUCUCCCCCAUUACCGGCUUGUCAAGCGUGCUGAUGUAGGAGUCCACCAGCCAAGCACCUUGCGUCUCAUCGUCUGGGCCCUGCAGGUUCCUCCUUAUUGGUGGCAGCGCUAG